GGUUCUUCCAGUGACUGGACAACUACGCUGUAUACCAGGGCGUAUCCAAAUGGAACAACGGACAUGAAUCAGGCGAGCCCAUCCAGGCCGACGGUUAUAAUAGCCCACGGAUGGCAGCAAUCCUCCAACAGCGUAUGGGUAAUUGAGGCGAAAAACACACACCUCUCUACGGCGGACAAGAACAUCAUCACGUUGGACUGGUCGAAGGACGCCGUAACACUGGACUACCCACAGGCGGCAGGUGCCGUUCCGCUGGUGGGCGCCUACCUGGCGAAGCAGUUCCACCAAUGGGUAGUCUUAAAGCUGAUUAACGCAGAUACGAGCAGGUUCGUCGGUUUCUCGUUGGGCGCGCAAGUGAUUGGCAUUUGCGGUCAGGAAUACCAAAAUCUAACCGGCGGACAGAAAUUGAAGUUUCUCAUCGCCCUUGAACCGGCCGCUCCACUUUUCGAAGGCAAGCCGAUCGCUGAACGUCUAGAUAAAACCGAUGGAGAUUUGGUACACGUUUUCCACACGAGCAAGACCGGAAUGACUGAGCGAUGCGGCCACGUGGAUGUUUAUUUCAGCUAUUCGGAGAUCAUCUUCUUUAUUUUUCAAAUUCAAAAUUGCGGCGUUGAACAACUCGGAUGUCCUACAGAGACCGGUUUGCCCGCUGAUAAAGCGGGUUUGCAAACGAUACUUUGCGACCACGUGCGUGCCCCGGCUUAUUAUAUUAUCAGCAUAACGUCUUCGAAUUUCCUGGCCGCUCUAUGUACUAGCUGUGAUCAGUUUAAAAGAAAUGGUUGCAACAUUUCCGCGCCAAUUGUAGUGGGGGACCGACUCGAUCCUGCGACAGGAGAUGGGGCGUACUACUUAACGACUUUGGGCAAGCUACCCUUUGCUAAGGGUAUCGCUGGUUUACAAAUGUAGAUGGAACACAGUGAAGAAAAAGAUACAUCACUUCUUAUCUUGUUUAUAUUAUAAACUGUAAAUAAAAGAACA